AUGUAUACUAUGUCCUAUGACUUUUGGUCGGCUACACAGACACGAAAUUCAUUUGGAUCGUGCCAGGAAAAGAGAAUUUUCCCUUUUUUUCAUGCACCUGAUCGGUUAGGAAAUGAGUAUGUACCAGUUAUCGGGGAUCCCAGCCUUGGGCCUGGAGUGUACAACCAUGCCGAGAGGAGCAGCAUCAUAUACCACCUUGCUCACAGACCAGAAAGUAAUAAAGGUUACACUAUGGGAGCAAGAACAACCCCACGUUUUGCAGUAUCUAACAAGUAUGUGACACCUGGCCCUACAGCAUACCAGACUAUACUAGCCAAAGACCAAAGGAUUCAGCCUAAAUAUGCUGCAUUUUCCAGCAAGUCACCACGAUUUUCACAGAAGGUUCUGGGAGCAGAGCUAUUUCCAGGACCUGGAACUUACGACCUUUACAAAAUGCCUCACAGGCAUGUCACCUGGCCGGGGAAGUUUGGGUCCCCAGACUGGUCUUUGGUACCAGCACCAGUAAAAAGGACUCUAAAGACUGAGGUAUGGACUUCAGAUGCAGUUAUCCAAAUAAGCAUUGUGACACCAAGAUCCAGUGUUAUUUCAGAUGUAAUCUCAUCUAAACACGAUUUCAGCAAGAGGAACUAA